AAAGGCUCAACCUCUCUUUUGUUCCAUUUUUUUUAACUGAUAUCAGAAUACACCAGAGGGAAAAGUCUGAUUUUACUUCAGUGGAAUAUUUAUUUUCUCUGUGACUCUUAAAGAAUUAUUUUACUGUUGUAGUUUUGUUUUUCUUCUUUUUUGUCCUAAACUCGGCUUUUGUACGGAUCACCAGAACCAUGGACGGUGCACUGGAGAGACUUGAUGCUGCUCGUCUCUUACAGAUUUGGCAACAUUUCGACAAAGAUGACAAAGGCUACAUUGAAGGAAAGAAGAUGGAUGACUUUUUCAAGCACAUGUUGCACAAACUUGGAAUGAAGAUGGAGGAGAUAACGGAGGACAAAGUGAGAAGAAUGAGGGAAAGAUUUGUGUCUCCUUAUGACUCCGCUCCAAACAAAAAUGUGCAGAUUGAGGAGCUGGCCGCCAUGAUGCUUCCAGUGGAGGAGAAUUUUCUGCUGUUGUUUCGCAGAGAAACUCCGCUGGACAACAGUGUGGAGUUUAUGAGGAUUUGGAGAAAUUAUGACACAGAUAGCAGUGGUUACAUUUCAGCCAAUGAGCUCAAGGGCUUCCUACAGGACCUGUUCCUCCAGCACAGGAAGUCCAUCACGCCCCAGAAGCUGGAGGAGUAUACCGAAACCAUGAUGAAGAUGUUUGACAAGAACAGGGAUGGCAGACUGGAUCUGAACGACAUGGCCAGAAUUUUGGCCCUGAAUGAAAACUUUUUACUGAAGUUUAAGACAGACGCUUGCAGUCUAGAGGACAGGAAGAGGGACUUUGAGAAGAUUUUCGCUCAUUAUGAUGUUAGUAAAACAGGUGAACUGGAGGGGCCUGAAGUUGAUGGAUUUGUCAAGGACAUGAUGGAGCUGGUGAAGCCCAGUAUCAGCGGGAUGGAACUGGACAAGUUCAGGAAAGCCCUGAUGGGUCACUGUGACAUCAACAGAGACGGAAAAAUCCAGAAGAACGAGCUUGCUCUCUGCCUUGGCCUCAAACUCAGUUAACCCUUCAUUGACGCUCAGUUUUCAGCAUAUAGUGUUUUUUUUUAUUUUGAAUUCCUCUGUGCUAUCUUUCUAUCCACCUUAAGGCUCUCCAUUUCUAUCCGUUUAUUCAUUUGACCAUUUUUUGCUACUUUAAAGCAUUUUUAUUGUAUUAAAACUACUUGGCUGUAUUAAAACUAUUUGUUUCUGUUAAAAACAAACUACAUAAAAACUAAACCUUACAGGCAGAAGAAGAUAGACGGUUUUAAAUAACUUAUCUGAAUUAUGUGAAGCUUUGUGAUGUGAUAAUGUACAAUGUGAACUAAUGUGUGUAUGAUCAUAUUGUGAAACUAGUCAAAGCAGUGAUGAUUGAAUAUAUUAAAUAAAACUGUCACCUGUG